AUGUGUACUGCUAGGGCUACUACAACUUCAUUUCAAACCAAGUACAAAGUAAUCGAGAAAAUUGGUGAAGGUUCAUUUUCUGAAGUACUGAAAUGUCAAAAUCGGCUAAACGGGACCCUUUAUGCGGCCAAACGUUUGAAAAAAACGUAUCAAAACAUGAACGAAGUACUGGAAAAUACCGAACUCAUAGCAACACGAAAAAUUCCUCGUCAUCCAAACGUUCUACAUCUUAUAGAAUCCUUCUCCGAUUCAUUGCCUGGAAGAAUCACAUUGAUUUUCGAAUUAAUGGACAUGAGCCUGUACGAUUUUAUGCGUGGCCGAAAGGGACGAGCUAUACUUGAGACAAGGGUAAAAUGUUACGUUUGUCAACUUCUCGAAGGGUUGGUUCAUCUGCACAGUUACGGAAUUUUUCAUCGCGACGUGAAACCAGAAAAUAUUUUAUUACGGGGAAGUUGCUUGAAAAUCGGAGAUCUUGGCUCGAUCAGAGUGACGCGCAGCCGACCGCCUUACACCGAGUAUAUAUCUACAAGAUGGUAUCGAUCACCCGAAUGUCUUUUAACUUCUGGCUAUUACGGGCCGAAAAUGGACGUUUGGGCUGCCGGAUGCGUAUUCUAUGAACUUCUCACCCUGGAGCCCCUUUUUCCCGGUGAAAAUGAACUCGACCAGAUCGGCAAGAUUCACGCUGUUCUCGGGACGCCGAAUUCGCGCGUCAUCGCCAAGUUCCGACGCAACAGUAGAGCACGAAGCGGUGACAUCUACUUUCCGCAGCAGUCGGGCCAAGGCCAGGGCUUGGCUUGUGCCUUGCCGCGAAUCUCCGCUGCCGGCCUCGAAGUACUGCAGUUGAUGCUCACUUACGAUCCGGAGGAUCGGCCAGUGUCAGCCAAGAUGCUCGAGCAUCCUUACUUCGGUGACGUCAGAUCCAGAGAGAUGACGAACAUGAAAACGAGGCAGCCGCGAAAGCCUCAUCUCUUGAGCGUUCCCGGGGAGCAACGCUGGCCGAGCAGCUCCAUGACGGCGUUUCAUUGGCCAGCCAACGAAAUAUGGCAACAAGUCGGAAUGCGCACGAACGCGGAGGAAUGUCGACAGAGUGCAGCCUCGGGGCCGAUCGAGUCGAUGCUUGGCAAUCGUUACCCGCAGCGUCCGUACCGUAGCGGCUUUCCGCAGUAUCGCAGUCGUCGCAGCGAUCAGCUGAAACUUCUGACGUCCAGCAAUAACGAUGCUCGACUCGUUGGACUGCGCUACACACAAGUAGGCAGGCACUUGCUGCGCAAACGUCACAACGCUUCCAGCUCGGGACAACGUAAUCCAAAAACGAAAGCGAGCGAUCGCUACUGCUUUCAAGAUGCUCGUUAUCGCGAUGACUUUUCGACCAUUGACGAGUCGCCUCGACCUUUGCCGGCCACCUUCUAUGCGCGCACCAAAGAACUUGACUUCCCACGACAAAAUUGUCAAAGAGUCGAGAGUUUAAACUCGUCCGUGUCGGGGCUAUUCAGUAGAAAAGAUAAACGAGCAAAUAAUCUCAUGCUCAAGACCCCUCAAUCCUUACGCUCUGUUCAUGUAAGUUUUUAA